GUUACAAUACCCCAACCUACGAUAAUAAUCCAUAGAAUAUAGAGUUUGUUGAAAAGUUUGGGCUUUUUGUUGCUGUUGUUGAAAUGUCGCGAAGAGCGAGCAAUGAAAGUUCAAAAUCAUCAAAUUCAACGAUUGGAUCAAAUCGUAAAAUAAAAGCAAGCAAAAUGGACAGUGGUGAGUUCAGUUGGGAGCGCUACCUCCAACACACAGGGAUGAAACCUGCAGACCUCGUGUGUUUUAAACAAACCAGCGACAAAAUUCCACUCGAUAAUAAAUUUGAGGUUUCGCAAAAGUUGGAAACCACUGAUGCACGAAACCCAUCGGCGAUCAGCGUGGCGACCAUCGUUGCUAUACAGGGUCCACGAUUAUGUUUACGAUUGGAUGGAACAGAUGGUUGCAACGAUUUCUGGCGACUUUGCGAUUCUAAAGACAUCUUCCCCCUCGGUACUUGCGCGGCACACGGUGGAUUGUUACAACCACCACUGGGGUUCACCAAGAAUGUUUCAACAUGGCCAUCGUUUCUACAACGAACAUUACAAGGAGGCCAUCAUGCUGAUAGCAGUUGUUUCUUACAGGAGCCGAAAGGUCCGGAUGAAAACAUGUUCGAGGUUGGAAUGAAGUUGGAAGCGAUUGAUCGGAAGAAUCCUCAUCUGAUAUGUCCGGCCACUAUCGGGGAUGUGGAUGGUGAUCAGGUAUUCAUAUCGUUCGAUGGUUGGCGUGGCACGUUUGAUUAUUGGGCAACUUACGAUUCUCGCGACCUCUUCCCUGUUGGUUGGUGUAAUAUCAACGACCAUCCAAUACAACAACCGGGGUUUAAAGGGGAAAACCCAGUUGUAGGAGAGAAACUACGCCACCUAGCGGAACAAAGUAAACGACAAACGAGGAGCGUGACCAACCAACCGGAACCAAAGUCAUCCAACCAGAAAGAUAUAGCCCCACCUAGUGCCCCAACGAAACCAACUCGACGACGCGACAAAGUUUUGCGACGAGAAGUAAAAAAAGUGGUUGAUGAUAAAUCAUAUAAAGUUGUUGAAAAGAAGGAAACUGCCGCAUCAUCGAACGUAGCAUCUGACUCAUCAAACUCCUCCGAAGAAAGCGACUCGUCGCAAGAUUUUAACGACUCAGCGAUAAAAGUUGAGAAAAAUGAAGAAGAGACAACAGAACCAACAACAACAACAACAACAGAAAUCCCAAGUUCAUGCAAAACUGAGGUGAAAACGGAAAACCAAUUAAACCAGUUAUCCGUGUACGAGAUCCAGCGCUUGGAACGCAAAGCUCGGAAACGUCGUCGAAAACAAAAACGAAUCCUCAAAGUUUUGCGUCGAGCAGGGUUGGUGGAGGGGGAAGUCCCUGAUGUGGGAGGAUUGUCGGCGGAACAAUUGGCAUUGUUGUCGUCGCCGAGGAAACGAAAAAUUUCGACCAAUGAAGGGGAUUUUAUGUUGUCAAAAUAUUUAAAGAAAAAGAAAAAACGUAAAGCAGCGGAUUCGUCGUCGUACACGAGGAUGGAGGGGUUCGGUGUGAAAGUUAAUGACAUCAUAAGUAAAUCCCCCAUCUCCCCUACCUCACCCUCAUUCCUCGACGUGGUGGGUUCAACCCCCACUUCCUUAUUUGGGGCGGGUAAAUCACCCAUACUACGUGGGGCAACGCAGGGGUGGCCGACAAAGUUGGGGUCAGUCGUAACGAGCGAUAAUAAACUUGGAAGGUUCGACAUCCCAUCAAGUGAGGGGGCGACAGUGGACAAGCCCGCUGCUAGCACUGGUUGCGUAUCCACGACAACGACCCCUGGUGACCCCGUUACCACUGCAACACUGGAUCGUAGCACCCCCCCACCAUCGGUGUCAAGCACAACCAACCCUCCCAAUGUGGAGGAAAAUAACGUAUCAUCCACCACCAACCCCCCAUCGCGACCCCCCUCCGUUAACCCCCAUGACCCCAAACCUUGUGAGGUCGUGACCUCUACACGACCCUUGGACAAACCCCGGUCACGCAACCCCACCAAGUGGUCGGUUAACGACGUAGUGUCGUACAUUGGGGAGCGAGAACCAGCGUUGCAACCCCAUCUACAUUUAUUCAAUAAACACGAGAUUGAUGGAGCCGCCCUCCUCCUGUUAAACAACAACAAUAUCGUGAAGUUUAUGUCGCUUAAACUUGGGCCUACCCUUAAACUGUGUAGUUUGGUUGAGGGGUUGAAAGAGAAAGUUGCUCGGCAUUGUAAACGACAUAAGUGAUCGCCCCACUGUACUUCCAAUCAUCAGUAUUGCUAUGUUAUGUACUUUGUGUUUCUAUGUUAAAAUAAGAUAAAGUGAUCCUGUUGCAAAUUUGAGGAAAUCUCCGGGAUUUUCACAUCUUUAUAUUAUUUCUAUGAACUGUGACGUUUAUGAGUCGGCUAUCAAGUGAUGAUUCAACGCUUUUUAUGAUUUUUUUCACUUUUCUUAUUUUUUCAUCAUGUUUUCUAUUUUCCACUUCAAUCAUGACAUCACAAUGCGUGAUUAUGUCGUCACCUUGCCCCCUGCUUGUCGAUUGUGAUGUAAUACAUCAGUGUCUGUUGUCAA